GCGGAAGUUUGGAUUCCCGGUCGGACGUGUUUAAUCUGAAUCAAACAAACUGCAGCUGAUGUGCAAGUAUGCACAUGAAAAGAUUCAGGUUAAUAAAGUGACGGUUCUUCCCUCAAGAAAUUUAAUCGGCAACCGACAUGGGGACGGCCUUUGCGAUCGCUUUAGUAUUUAUUGGAUGUUGUAGUAAUGUUGUUUUUCUGGAGCUGCUCGUAAGAGAUUUCCCAGGAUGCGGUAAUAUUGUCACUUUUGCACAGUUUCUGUUUAUUGCUGUGGAAGGUUUUAUCUUUGAAAGUAAAUUUGGUCGGAAAAAACCUGCUAUCCCUAUGAGCAACUAUGUUAUUAUGGUAACUAUGUUCUUCUUUGUGAGUGUGGUGAACAACUAUGCACUGAACUUCAAUAUUGCCAUGCCGCUGCACAUGAUCUUUAGAUCUGGGUCACUUAUUGCAAAUAUGAUCCUGGGUAUAAUUAUCCUGAAGAAAAGGUAUUCUGCCAGCAAAUAUCUUUCUAUAGUACUGGUAUCCAUUGGCAUUUUCAUAUGCACAAUAAUGUCAGCUAAACAAGUGCAGAACAGUGCCAAUGAGGGAUCAGAAGAAGUAGGAGUUUAUGCAUUUGUUCACUGGCUCAUAGGCAUUGCAAUGCUGACGUUUGCUCUGCUCAUGUCUGCAAGGAUGGGUAUUUUUCAAGAGACUUUGUAUAAAAAAUACGGAAAACACUCCAAAGAGGCCCUGUUUUAUAAUCACUGCCUGCCCCUUCCCGGCUUUCUGCUGUUCUCCACCAACAUCUACAGACACUCCAUUUAUUUUAGCCAGAGCUCUCCCAUGACAGUUCCACUUGUUGGACUGACUGUGCCUAUAAUGUGGUUUUACCUAUUUAUGAACGUCAUCACACAAUACGUGUGCAUUCGUGGUGUCUUCAUCUUGACCACAGAGUGCGCGUCACUCACGGUCACUUUGGUCGUGACAUUGAGAAAGUUUUUGAGCCUCAUCUUCUCCAUUAUUUACUUCCAAAACCCCUUCACUGUGUGGCACUGGGUUGGCACAACUGUGGUCUUUGUGGGCACCCUUCUGUAUACAGAGGUCCUGAGCAGUUUGUACACAGCCCUACUUGGACCACCUGCCAAAGAAAAGAAAAAGGAGUGAAAGAUGAAAUGGUUUGAACAAAUACUCCUGUACAGAUUUAGGAAUAGGUUUAGUAUUCAAUUUUUAGACGAUCAUUCAAAUUUGGUAUCAAAUAAUGCACUGGAAUGAAACACCUCCUUUUGUUUUUCUUUUCCACAGUUGACGAUGUUAUGCAAUUUCAUUAUGUUCUGGUUGUUUUAGCAAGCACUUACAAGUUGUAUAUGGCAUUUCUUAUAUUAUUUUAGCAAAUUUCAAGCAAAUAAUAAUAAUAAUUUUAAGCAUUUUAUUUAUUUUUCACAUUUAAUGCAGUACUCAAUGCAGAUAAAAUGUGAAAUUUGAAACUUGAAUAUUGAUAAGAGAUGUGUUGAGUCUCUCAGCCUUUUUUGACUAGUUUGAGAAGUGUCUGUAAAGUCACUUGUUUGUAAAUAAAAAGAUAUGGGCGAUUUGAAGAUCAAA